UCCGUGUAUUGAGGAUGUGUGAGCUGAAGUGCUGUCGCGUAGUUGUGUAAGCAGCAGCCAACGGAGUAGUGCCUGCUCGUGAUCGUGAACGGUGGCAGCCAAACCAACGAAACGCCAUUUUCUGCGUGCUCUCGCGAGAGGGUUCAUACCAUAACCCAUUGCGCCGGAUCCCCGAUUUUACUACACUAACUCAAACUGCAAACUACCACCAACACCACUGCACCAGGAACAGCACACUAUUUACACUGCUGGAACUGUCUCUUCCAAGUAAAGGCAGUAUUUAAAUUUAUUAUAUUUAUGAUUAUUAUCCAUCGUCUAAAUUCUACGUGAUCUAGUAUGUAACAUUUAAUAUGUUGGUGUUGUUUUAUUAAAUUAAUCAGUGGAAUUUUUAGUGAGUUUCUGUUACUGUAGUGCUCAUAGUGAAGAUAUUGAAUUUAAUAAAAAUAAUUUAUUAUUUUUAAUAUUAAAUAAAUCGAAAUAUUUGUGAAACUAGGAAAUAACGAGGGCGAUGCCCGGACACGCGACUGGGGGUGCGUCAGCGGAUAUGGUAACCAGAUUGCGGUGAGUGGACUUGAUAAAUAAAUCCAGAGAGCUUAAAGCUCGAAGAUGCCGCUCCCGAAGAGGCUGGUGGAGCCUGUCCACGUUGCCCGCGGCACGAUCCCAGAAGCUUUUCCCCUGCCAUCGGAGCUGGAGGCCGCGACGAAUGGGACCCUGGCCAACACUAUUAGACAGCUGUCAAGUUUAUCGCGACACGCCGAGGACCUGUUCGGGGAGCUGGCACGUGAAGCUCAUACAUUAAGUGAUCGAGCCAACUCUCUGCAAGCAAGAAUAGACAGACUCGCGGUUAAAGUUACCCAGCUGGACAGCAAUGUUGAGGAAGUUUCACUUCAAGACAUUCAUAUGAGAAAGGCAUUCAAGAGCUCGGUUGUAUUCGAUCAGCAAGUCGUUUCACGUGAUACUAUGCCCACGGCGAUGCGUGAGACUUAUCAAGCAUGUGAUACUCCUCCACCAUUAGAUAAACUCAAUGUUUACAGAGAGGACGGUAAGGAUGGAUUGAAAUUUUAUACUGAUCCAAAUUACUUCUUUGACUUGUGGAGUCAAGAAAUGCUGAAAGACACUGAAAAGAAAUUACAUGAUAGAGGGAAGAAGACCGAGUCAGAAUAUGCCGAACCGUUCAGAGAGCCUCAUAGACCUCGGAAUGACGGUGGUAAUUCUGGUGGAGGAGGAAGACACAAGAAACGUGUAAGACAACCGCAUAAUACACGAGAGAGACAACGACAGCUUGCAGUUGGACAUGGAGAGUACAUCAUGCCAACUCAGGGUGUACAAUACAGGACACCCCAUAAUAUUCCAGACGAAUCGCUUCUUGGGAUGGUGAUGACCGAGCCACGACCUCCGAGACCAAAUAGUAUUGAGCUUAGGCGAAGUUACCCCCCAGAUGAACAGCAUUUGUACAGUCCUCCUACUACGGAUCAUUACAGAGCGGCAAAUUAUAUGACCCAAGGUUACGACGAUGGAAGUUUAUACAGCUCGCAUUACGCGCCUGGACAAGGGCAGCCCGGCAGCGAGGCUUACCAAAGUCCUGGACCGGGUACACCAAGUCGCGGUGGAAGAUCGCGACCGUCUCAGCCGCCGCCGGCGCCACCGAGCAACGCUUCGAGCAAUUCAACGCCCACAGUGGCGUCAGCUAAUAACACCCCGACUCGUGGAAGGUCUAUGAGCACAGGAAGAGAUACUUUACCACCUCCACCGCCGCCUCCUGGUGAAGUAAUGUCGCCACCGCCUAUAAACGGCACAAUACCGGCGCACCUGCUUAAUAGGAACGGUAGCCGUUCGAACAGUCCAUUACCGAGCCAUCAAUCGACACCGACUCCACCGAAUCACACUCUACCUGCGGGGAUCGAUGAGCCGGAUCCUGCGCCUCAGGAUCUACCGCCGCCUCCACCUACUCCAGAUCCAGCGCCAUCAAGGCCGAUAUCACCGCCUUGCAACAUUCCACCGCCACCUCCUCCACCACCACCACCUCCUGUGCUUAAUGGACCCAUAUCAUGCGUACCUAUUAGCAACGGUGAUAUUGCUAAGAUAAUUGCCAAUAAUCCACCGAAAUUAAAGCCACUGAAGAGCAUAGUUGAUGGACAACUAAGGAAACCACAAAACCCCAAUAUUCCGAUUGUUGAUCCACGUAAUGAUUUGCUCAAAGCUAUUCGUGACGGAAUUAAGUUACGUAAGGUAGAAAAAAUUGAGCAGAAAGAAGUGGAGCGUGUAAACGCUUUGAACGACGUCGCGUCAAUAUUAGCUCGACGAGUUGCCGUUGAAUUCAGCGACAGCGAAUCUGCUUCAGAAAGUGAGUGCGAGAGCGACGGAUGGGGUGAACAAGACUCAAGUAUCGCGUGACCCGUAUCAUUUCCGCCAACUGCAUCUGCCUCCUAGAGUGAACCAGUCUUUUUAAUAAUAAUACAUUUUGUCUAUGUUGAUCCAUAUAGGUAUAAAUUAACUUUGUAUCAAAUAAAUUAAAACCCUCGGAAAUUUUAAUAAUAUUCCUCAAGUUUGAUAUGAUAUUAAUUACACUCAUGUAAUUUAUCAGAGCUUUUAAAUUAUUUUAUCAUUACUAUUAUUAUCAUUAUUAUGAAUGGGUACUUUUUGUAGUGCAUAUUGUAAUUGCUAUUACGUAACUACGGAAUAAAGUGGACAUUUAAUUUUCUCUUGUACAUUCCGCAGUACUAUAAGUACAUUUGCAUAUAUUAUUUUUAUUAUU